UGGGUGUUUUAGAAAGUGUGUCAGGGAGCGACAGAACAGAGAGGGAGAGGAGGGACGUGACAUUCACCCAGGUUUAUGUGUUUCAUGUAAAAAGGAGGAAGGGAGAAGUCAUCUUUGGGAGAUAAACGUUACUCAGUGUGGAAAGAAGACGGUUAAAAACUAUCUCAGUCAGAGUUUCACCCUGUCGGAGCAACAAUGACAUCACAUGUGAAGCUCAGAAAAGAGAGAGUUGGAGCUGUGGACUAUGACACACAAAUCAAAGAGGUGCGUUGUCAGUUGGUGGACCAGUUGAAGGUUUUGGAUCUGCAGUUGGAGCAGAAAUCUCAGCAGCUUCAGGAUCUGACAGACUACCUGCGUAGACGCAGUGAGAUAGAAGGAGAGUACGCACGCUCGCUGGACAAAUUGGCCGAGAGGUUUACCUCCAAAAUCAAAAGGAAGGAGCCUGGCAGUGGUCAGUCUGUGGCCCAGUGUUGGCUGGUCCUGCUGGCUCAGACCAGACAGGAGAGCAAAGACCACAGUGGUGUGAGUGACAGCUGUAGCACCACCCUCACCCAGCCCCUCACACACUCUCUGGAGAUCACACAGCGCCUGGCCAAGAGGACUAAAGAUGUCUGUAGCCAGUUACAGGAUGGGCUGUUGAAGGUCACCACAGAGCUACAGACAGCGUGGCGGACCUACUAUCAGUACCACUCAGAGUAUGAGUCUGCAGAGGGAAAGCUGAAGGAAGCAGAAAAACAGAAGCAAGGAGCUUCUAAAAAGAUUGAGAAAGUAAACUCUUCUUCUCUGAAAAACACUCCUCACAUCCCUUUUUCUAGUCUAAAUGAGUACAAGUAUGGAUAUAUGUGUGUGUAUGUGUACAUGUGUUUACUGUAUGUGUCCUACCUCAUUCCUAUGUGUUUACAGAGACAGUGUAAAGUGCAGGAGAUCCAGCUGAAGUGCACUAAGGCUCGUAAUGACUACCUUCUCAAUCUGGCUGCUGCCAACGCUUCCAUGAACAAGUACUAUCUCCAAGACCUCUCCUCACUCAUGGACUGUUCAGACAUUGGCUACCACCUUUCUCUGUCCCGUGUGCUACGCUCCUACCUGUCCAGCCGCUCCCGGGCCCAGCAGAACCUGAGUGGAGGGCUGCAGCAGCUCCACACUGCUGUGUCUGGACUGGACCAGAUUCAGGACAGAGACUACCUGCUACAGACUCACACCAACACCUUCUGUCUACCCCUCCGCUUCCACUACCAGCCACGCGAUGGAGACCAGGUGUGUGAGGUGAGUGCAGAACAGGAGAUUAGGUGUGAGAUGGAGACCAGGUUCCAACAGCUGCAGUCAAAGCUCACCGGGUUCACUCAGGAAACAGAGGAGGCAGGUAAGAAGCUCCAGACGGCCCGCUCUGCCCUGCUAGAAGGUAUCAGUGAUGAUGACCUGGAUCCUCCACCCUCCAGCAACCAGACCCAGGGCUCCCAGGUCCAUCUCCAGUUCCUGUCUCAGAGCCAAGGUCAGGGGGGAAGCAGUGAGAGCCUGGCCAGCAGCAGUAGCAGACCCAGUCUGGCCAGACGGAGAGCCAACCUGCAGGAGACCGAGACACUCUACUGUGCUAACAUGAAGGAGUAUCUCUGUAAAAGCUCUCUGGUAUCUAAACUACAGGCGAAACAUGAUCUGCUUAAAGUGGCGGUUGAGAAAGAUGAACCAACCAAUGGUCAUCAGACCAGGAAGUUAUUGCGUGUGAGGAGUAAGAGUCAACCCAGUGUCCAGUACACCCACAAACUCUUCACCGGAGACAUGCUCUCCUUCAUACAGGCAUCAGGACAGGAGAUACCUAUAGUGGUGGAAAGCUGCAUUCGCUUCAUCAACCUUAACGGUCUCCACCAUGAGGGUAUCUUCAGAGUACCAGGGUCUCAGGGGAAGGUCAACAGUCUGAGAGAUGCCUUUGAGCGAGGAGAGGACCCUGUGGCAGACAGCAGGUGUGACUUGGACUCGGUAGCAGGAGUAUUGAAACUCUACUUUAGAACCCUGGAAAACCCUCUCUUUCCUCAGGACAGCACCGCUCAGCUCCUGGAGUACGCACAGAUUGACAACGAGACGGAGAGAGCAGCUAAACUCAAAUCAGUCAUCUCCUCCUAUCCACCACCUGUCAGCACCGUCAUGAGAUACCUCUUUGCAUUCCUCCAUCAUGUGUCUCAGUACAGCGAUGAGAACAUGAUGCAGCCCUAUAACCUGGCUGUGUGCUUCGGCCCCAGUCUGCUACGAGGGGCGCAGGAUGAUGAUGUCGUUACCUUGCAGCCUCAGAUCAACUCCCUGGUGAAGAGCAUCAUCUUGCAGCACGAGAGCAUCUUCCCAAGCCUGGCCGAGCUACAGGGACCAAUGUAUGAGAAAUGCAUGACGCUGCAGCAAGACGACUGUGAGGAGGGAGAAGGGGAUUCAGAACACCACAGUAAAGAAGAGCCCGAGUCAAAGGGGGAGCGAUCUCGAGCCAACAGCAGCUGCAGUUCAAGACAGCCCCCAGUAGGGGGCACUGUGACCCCUGGAGGAAAGUUCACCUUACAGUCCCCCAUAACCCCACAGGGAUGGCCCCUCUCCCCCGGAUACAUAAGCAAAGAAGCCCAGGACCUGUCGUCCAGUGAAGAUAUAACAGUUCAGGUUGACGAGGAGGUCUGCCGCCAGAUGAACUCUGUCUUCAAGGAGCUUCUCUCUCGAAAAUCCCUCCCUCCCUCCACCUCCUCAGUCACCUCUUCCCACCCUCCACCACAGCAGAAGAAAGGAGGGAUUGGGUGGAAAAGGGAAAAGCCUGUUUAGAUCAGGCCAAUUGGACUGACAGAAAGUGAGAGGGGACCAGAAUAGAUGGACGGAGGAAUGAAAAUAUUAAUAAGGAAAUGAACGGGGGAGAGACUAGACUUGGAUGAGAAGACACACAGGGGGGGGCGAAGAAGGGUGACUUGGGCUGAUUGAAUGAUUGUAGGUGUGUGAUGACAGGUUGUGACAGCAGCCUAAGUGUGAUUACAGAUGGCUGGAUUAAAUGAACCAAAGUCAGUUCACUGUACUGUACGUGUCUGCUGUGCUGCUCAGACAGCAGCCUCCAUUGUGGAGCCUGUGAAUAGACAGUCAGACAGACAAGGUUUGAAUCGUACUGUGAAGCCUUUUGUUAGUGUGUUUGAUACAACACAACCCUAACCCCCACUGAUUUUUCACUCAACGGCUGUGCCUCUAUUCUCCACAUGCCCACCCAUGAAUUUAAAAGCGUUGGAUUGUUGGAAGCAUUAGCUGGUGUGUGUACAAGGGCACACUUUAGGAAAAAUGUUGAGAAUAAGGACCCAGGACAAUGUUAACUAAUCAACAGAAUGAGUAGAUUUAUCAUAAGUUAUUUUACCCACAAUAGCUUGGAAUGUGCACUGCUGUUUUCUCAUGCAUGUGGAUGGAUAAACAAUACUACUGUUAUUUUUAUAGAAUCAGUGAUGUACAUCAUGUACUUGUCAAAAAUGUGUGCAAGGAUAAACUAUAUGCUCCAAGAAAAGUGCUUGCCAUAAAUGUUGAAAUUUCAAAAA